AUGUCGCCGCGGCAUCUUGUCACUCACUUCCUGCUCCGGCUUGGACUGGCAGAAACGACAGAAACACCGCUCAAUAAACUCAUCAAAUCACAACUGAAAAUUGCCAAACUCAAUGGUCAGCCACGCCGCCACGUUUGUCACGGAACAAAGUUAAACAUUAAACUCGCGCACCAGUCCGUCCACACCGGGGUCAAGAUGAAGGACCGAGCCGCCCGCGAGAAGGACGACGGGGUCAAAGGGCACAAGCAGACGGUGCCCCUGAGCCUGCUGCAGCUCACCCUCCCCUCACACACACAGGCCCCGCCCACGGUCAGCGUCGCCAUGGACACGGUCUCCGUUUCAAUCGCUCCGGCAACCGUCUCCAUCGCCCCGGCAACCGUCUCCAUGGCCGUGCCCCCCCAGCCCAUCCAGGCGGCCGUGGUGGUGGUGGGCUCCGUCGACCAGUCCGUGGCCCCGCCCCCCUCGGCGCCGCCCAUCCGGAAGAACCACGCGUGCGAGGCGUGCGGGAAGGCGUUUCGCGACGUGUACCACCUGAACCGGCACCGUCUGUCGCACUCGGACGAGAAGCCGUACUCGUGCCCGAUCUGCCAACAGCGAUUCAAACGCAAAGACCGAAUGAGCUACCACGUCCGCUCGCACCAGGGCGGCGUCGAGAAGCCCUACGUGUGCCCGCACUGCGCCAAGGCCUUCUCACGGCCCGAUCAUCUGAACAGCCACGUGAGGCAGGUGCACUCCACAGAGAGACCCUUCAAAUGCACCACGUGCACGUCGGCGUUCGCGACCCGUGAUCGUCUCCGCGCUCACCUGAUCCGACACGAGGAGAAAGUUCCGUGUCACAUCUGCGGAAAACUCCUGUCGGCCGCUUACAUCACGGAUCACAUGAGAGUCCACAACCAAUCACAGCACCACUCCUGCCACCUGUGCAACCGCAGUUUCACGACGUUGACGUACCUUCGCGUUCACGCUCAGAAGCAUCACGGGCAGGAGUGGAAGGAGAGCGGGGGGGCGCGGGGGGCGUUCGGCGGCGCGGCGGGCGGCGUGCUCCUCUGCCAACUCUGCGGCGUCCAGUGCAAAACCGCCACGCAGCUCCAGGGCCACAUGGGCACGCACGCCGCCGCCCAGAGCGAGGGCGUGGCCGUGCCCAUCGGAGCCAUCGCCGUGGGAACCGGCGGCGGCGAGUCGACCGUGGCGCCGGGAGCGGUCGGACUCCUGGUCACGGACUGCUCCUCCAUCAACCCGCAGACGCACAGCUAACACCUGUGAGGUUGUUUUUGCACACGGCCCCUCGCUCUCUCCUCACAAACAUUAAACUCUUGUACAGAACUCGGCUCCGACGGCUCCAGUUUGGACGACGUGUUUUUACCGGCUCCACAGCGCCGCCUCUUCUCUUCUUCUUCUCCUCUUCUUCUUCUUCUUCUUCUUCUUCUUCUUUUCGUUGCACAGCUCGUCCUCGUUUUUUCCCUCGGACAGUUUUUAUUUUUUUUUGAUUCUCGUGGACGUUUAUUUAUUUGUGGACGGGACGUUCCGGCGCAGGACUGAGCGUAAAUGUUCCGUCUGACCCGCGGUUCGUUCUGAUUUGUAUUUCCGACGUUUCGUGUGACUCGUAGCUUCUUUGGUGACUCGACUCGUGACUCGAAGUAAAACAUGUAUUAAACAAACGACAAAACGCAA